CACGAUCAUCACAUUGGUGGCUCGGCGAGCAUCGGCGGCAACACCGGCAUAGCAGCAGUAACAACACUACAGCAGGCUAGCUUACCAACCGAGUCAGAGUCAAGUUUCCUGAGCUCCACCGGCAGCAAGCAUGGAGGAUCCCUUCGACUCCAACCAGAAGGCCUCCAAGGGGGAGGACGAGGGGGCGGCGGUGAAGCCGACGAGGAGCUUCCGCUACGAGGACUACAGCACCAGGCGGGUCUUCCUGCGGAGCUACCCGCUCCAGUGGGACUGGUCGCCCGUGCCGGACGACGACGAGAAGCACGGCCUGGGCGCCACCGAGGCCACGGUGGGGAGCGGCGGCGACGAGCGCGGCGGCGGCGGCAGGGGGUGGAAGAGGCAGCUGGUGGAGGUCGUGGUGGAGUGGGGGGAGGACAAGCUCCUGCUGCUCCGGAGGGCCAAGAAGCGCCUGGCGCUCUACCUGCUCGGCUGCCACUACGGCCGCCCGGCGCUGCCGUUCAGGUCCGGCGGUGGCUCGGGCUCCUGCACCGCCGCCAUGAUCACGUCGCGAUGAUAGAUGCCGCCAUGGCAGUGCGGCGCGGUGGUUCGUGACUCGCUUGUGCGUGCCCAGCAUGCCGCGGUCGAUCGAUCGAUCGAUCCAUCCAUGCAAGUCUGUUCUUGGCAGUCUUUGCUUUGCUUUCUCAAUGGAAAAUGGAAUAUACCUAGACAUGCUAGCAAACAGUUGAUUACCAUAGGUAAAUGUACAGAAUCAUGUGCUCUCUAGAGGCAAUGGUGGCGUGUUCAUGUACAUUUUUCAGCGAAAGUUAGAGGCAUUGCAGAAA